UCUGCCCCAACCUGUCUCUAGUCUCAGCUCCUGGACGGGCACAGAGCUCUCAUGGUACUCUGGGUGAUUCUCCUCUGUGCCUUGGUGUCAUCACUGCUCGGUGGGCUCUAUGUCCUGGGUGUGUUUCGGAGACGGAGACACAAUGAGCCGCCCUUGGACAAAGGUACUGUUCCCUGGCUGGGCUAUCUGCUGGAAUUCCAAAAGGACAGCUCAGAGUUUCUCAAAAGGAUGCAGAAGAAACAUGGGGAUGUUUUCACGGUGCUGAUUGGUGGCUAUUACUUCACCUUUGUGAUGGAUCCCUUCUGCUUUGGCACCAUCGUGAAGGAAUCACGAUCUAAACUGGACUUUAGGACUAAUGCAGCUCAGCUGGUCCUGCGGGUUUUUGGCUACAAGCCCACUGAAGCCACUCACAGCAUAGUUCAUGCAUCAAGCACAAAGCACCUGAUGGGAGAUGGCCUCACUGUCCUCACACAAGCCACCAUGGAGAGCUUUCGGAGGCUGCUGCUUUUCAGCCUGAGCUCAGGGGAGAACAGAGUAUGGCAGGAGGAAAACCUCUUCCACUACUGCUACAACAUUGUCUUCAGAGCUGGGUAUCUGGCUCUGUAUGGCACCGAGCCACCCCGAGGGGAAGGGAACAAGGAGAAAGCUGAAGAGCAGGAUCGCCUCCACUCCAACCAGCUCUUCCAGGAGUUUCGAAAGUACGACCGCCUCUUCCCUCGCCUGGCCUUUGCUCUGUUGCCUCCCAAGGACAAAAGAGAAGCUGAGCGGCUGAAGAGACACUUCUGGAACAUGCUGUCUGUGAAGAAGGUCUGGCAGAAGGAGAAUAUCAGUGGCUGGAUAAGUGAUCAAGACCAACUUCUGGCAGAAAACGGUGUCCCCGAGUACAUGCGGAAUCGUUUCAUGUUCAUGCUCCUCUGGGCAUCCCAAGGCAACACGGGCCCAACUGCCUUCUGGCUCCUCUUGUAUCUGCUGAAACAUCCAGAGGCUCUGCAGGCUGUGAGAGAUGAGGUGGAUAAAGUCUUGAGGGAGAGUGGGCAGGAAGUAAAGGCAGGGAGUCCCCCAGUUACUGUCACCAGGGACAUGCUGAACCAGACUCCUCUGCUGGACAGUGCUCUGGAGGAGACCCUGAGGCUGGUGGCAGCCCCAAUGCUGGUCAGAGCUGUCCUCAAGGACACCUGCCUGAGGACAAGCAGUGGGACAGAGCUCAACCUCCGCAAGGGGGACAGGGUGGCUCUGUUCCCACACAUCUCCGUGCAGAUGAACCCAGAAAUCCACGAGGAGCCUCACAAAUUUAAGUACGACCGUUUCGUAAACCCAGACGGCACCAGGAAAGAUUUCUACAGAAACGGGAAGAAGCUGAAAUUUGUCAACAUGCCUUGGGGGGCAGGAGUUUCCACCUGCCCCGGGCGGUUCUUUGCUACUGCUGAAAUGAAAUUGUUUGUGUUCUUGAUGCUGAGUCACUUUGACCUGGAGCUGGUGGAUGAGGAGGAGGAGAUCCCAGCCAUAGACAUCAGCCGCUGGGGAUUCGGGACGAUGCAGCCUGUCCGUGACAUUCGGUUCAGAUACCGGCCACGCUUUUAACCUGGGGACUCCUAUUUGAUGCUGUUUGUUCUGCUGUCACCUAUGGGACAAAUUGUCUGAUCCCGUGGUUAUCAGAUCCGUGCAGCACCAACACUGAUAUGAUCUUGUUUGCUCAAUGUUUAUUGUGGCUUUUGUGUUUACCUCCUCCCCAUGUGCUGCUGCUGUGUUGUUGGGUUGGUUAUGGGAUAGAAAUCUGCACAGAGAGACAAAAUGUGUCCUGCCAGGCUACUCCCAGCCCCAUCCCGGGGGCCAUCAGCCUGUUGAAAGCCAAGAGGAGCAGAGAUUGUCAGGUGGGAACACAAAUUCAGGGCUUCAAGGAAGAAGGGUUUUGUCCAGGUUCCUCCCAGGGCUGCCCCAGCAGAGCAUCAGCCCCAUGGUCCUUGGAGAUGAGUCCCAUGGAGAUGUGUCAUCUCUGGAUCACUACCUGGGAGAAGGGGGAUUGUGUCAAGGCAGGGGAGACAUCCUAUGAUGUGUAGGGGAAGAGCAUUUUGGGAUUGCACAGGAUUUAUAAUAGAGUGUUUGGGGGAGGAAUCAAAGGGGGAAAAAAGGAGGGAUUUAGGUGAUUUAGGGAGGAAAAUUGAGAUGUAAGGGGAUGAAAAAGGCUGGUUGGUGCAAAGUGGUGACUGGUCCAUAGACUUGUCUGGUCACACCCUGUUACCUGAUCAUUUAUUUUCCACAUGAAGUAUCAUUGGCAGGAUGGCAUCAGCUUGUGGUGAACCCCUGAAAGGUCAGAGAGCAGCAAAUAUCAUCUCCAGAGAUGUAAGAAUUUCCUUGGGGUUUUCAAAUUGUCUUGUUUAUGGUUCCCUUCUUGUAUCUGAUGAGGCAACCUCAAUCCCUUAUGGGCUACAGCCACUAUGACCUUAUAGCCCUCAAACAUAUGCUUUAUCUACUGGAUCAGUGCAGGAUAAAACUUUGCUCUACAA